GGGCGCCGGGAGAGGCCCGCUCGGACUUCCGGCUUGAGAGCCGGACUGGGGCUGUUAGAGGGAGAAAUUGGAGUGGCUGGACCCAAAUGGAUGAGGCUGGCCCAGGGAAAGGGAUGCGAGUGAGUUGACAAGCUGGUUGAGAGCGACGCGGUCAGGGGUGGGCCGGAGGGAGUCCUCAGGACGCCUUGGCAGGGUCUGAGGCAUUUUGAUCGACAGCUGACGUCUCCCAGUGACUCGGCCGGAGGGAAGAAAAAAAAGCCAGAACUUGGCAGCCGCCGCUGUGGAGCUGUGCUCGAAGCCCACGGACUCGCAGCACUGGCCACCAUCGGCCUCGUUCCCAGGAGACCCACUACUGCCACUGCGCCCCUCGGGCUUCCUCGGGUCACCAACUCCGGAUAAAACUCCUUUUACAGAGAGACUCAACUGCAGGUGUUUGUUUCUCCAAGGGCAUGGAAAGAUAGUGUACUAAGUCCUGGAACACAAACACUGAGGAGAGAUACUGCUUUCUGCUUUAAAGAUGGCCAAACCCCCUCGGAGAGGAAAUGGCACUAACUCCGAAAGCUUAUGGCAGCACUUCAGAAGACUCCAUUACCAGGAGGUGGCUGGGCCCCGGGAGGCUUUCAGCCAACUAUGGGAACUUUGCUGUCGGUGGCUAAGGCUGAAGGUGCGGACCAAAGAGCAGAUUGUAGAAUUGUUGGUACUAGAGCAAUUCCUGACCAUGCUACCUGGGGAGAUCCAGAACUGGGUACAGAAGCAAUGUCCAGAAAAUGGAGAGGAGGUGGUGACACUGGUGGAAGAUUUAGAAAGAGAGCCUGGAAGACCUGGACAUUGGGUCACAGUCUCUGUGAAGGGGCAGGAAAUGCACUCGGAGAAGAUAACACCCCUGAAAUCAUCACAGGAGUUAAGUGUUCUGCAGGAGUCAGUGGAACCCCAACCCAAGGGUGUAUCCAAGAAAGAGAGGGCAAGAAGCCCAGCCCUAAGACUACAGGAGCAGAUGGACCCAAAGGAGAAUCUCAAACCUUUUCAAAGGAGCGGAUUUCUAUUUCCUAAACCCAAUGUGGUGUCCAGGUUGGAUCAAGGAGAGCCAUUGAUCUCUGAUCUGCUUAGUUCCAAGGAGAAGGAUGUCUCAAAAGGCAACAGCACAGGAGCCAGUCUAUUACCAUCCAAGGGAGAGAGAAUUGGCUGGACAGAACAAGAUCACUGGGUCUUUGAUGACGAGAAGAUGGUAGGUGUGCACUGGGGCAAUAAAGAGACUAGAACAUUCCUUGCAAUUCUCAGUCAGAUUGAAUUUUAUGAAGCCCUCCGAAACUGCCACAGGAAUAGCCAGGUGUAUGGGGCUGUAGCUGAGAGGCUGUGUGAGUAUGUUUUCCUCCGGACCAUGGAACAGUGUUGGACCAAGUUCAAAGGCCUUCAGAAGAGCUAUAGGAAGGUCAAGAGUGGUCAUCCACCUGAUACCUGCCCCUUCUUUGAAGAGAUGGAAGCUCUGAUGAGUGCCCAGGUCAUUUCAUUGCCCAUGAAUGGCCUGGAAGAGGCAGCUUCCCAUUCUGGCCAGGCCAGCAGUGAUGCUGAGACCGAGGAGCCAGGGCAGAGGGACUGGCAGCAGGAAGAUGGAGAAGAGGCUAUAGCUGGAAGGUCGGACAGUGAUGACCUGGAGGAACCCCAGGACCCUGACAACCCACCUGCAUCUGUCCUGUUCUGAAGCCCAAGUGGUAUACAUUGGGGCUAUGAAGAAACCAAGACUUACCUUUCAAUUCUUAGUGAGACUCAGUUCUAUGGAGCCCUCCAGAACUGUCACUGAAACAGCCAGUUAUAUGGAGCAGUUGCUGAGAGACUGUGGGAAUAUGGCUCCCUUAGAACUCCAGAGCAAUGUCGUACCAAAUUUAAAAGCCUACAAAUCAGCUAUCGGAAAGUCAAGAAUGGCCAAGCACCAGAAACCUGCCCCUUUGAAGAAAUGGAUGCUUUGGUGAGUGCCCAAGUUGCUGCCCCACCUAUUGAUGACCAGGAAAAAGAAACAGCUUCUUGCUGCCUCCAGAGAACCAGUGAGGCUGAACCUAAGGAGCAAGAUGAGGACACAGAAGUCGAAGAUUCAGAUGAUGAAGAUGAUACUGAGAUACCUCCAGGGACUGUUAUAACCCAGAGCCCCAGUGGUUUUGAGGCUGGAUUUGAUAAUGAAGAGAAUUCAAAACGGGAUAUUUCUGAGGAAGUGCAGCUUCAUAGGACGUUACUUGCAAGGUCUGAAAGGAAAAUUCCCCGUCUUGUUAAUCAGAGUAAAGCUAGUAAGAAUGAAUUUUCAUCAGAAAGCCAGUGGGGAAAGACUCAAAAAGAGAAAAAAAGACAACUGGCAUUCCCAGAGAAGAGUAUAGGUAAAAUCCUGACUUAUCAGAGGCCAGGCUUGGAAGACAGACCUUAUAAAUAUCUCAGGUAUGGCUCAAACUCCUGUCUCGUGUAUCAGGACUCCCAUGAGGUAGAAAACCCAUAUAAAUGUGCUGACUGUGGGAGAAGCUUCAGUUGGAGCGCACGCCUCAUCAGACACCGAAGAAUCCACACUGGAGAAAAACCGUGUAAGCGUCUUGACUGUGGGAAAGGUUUCUGUGACAGUUCCAAUUUCAUUACCCGUCGGAGAAUUCACACAGGAGAAAACCCUUAUCAGUGUGGUGAAUGUGGAAAACGAUUCAAUCAGAGCUCAAGCCUUAUAAUUCACCAGAGAACCCACACAGGAGAAAAGCCUUAUCGGUGUGAAGAGUGUGGGAAAAGCUUCACUAACAGUUCUCAUUUCAAUGCACAUAGGAGGAUACACACAGGAGAGAGACCCCAUGUUUGUACUGACUGUGGUAAGAGUUUUAGUAAGAGUUCUGACUUAUGUGCACAUCACAGAACCCACACAGGAGAGAAACCUUAUGGGUGCCAUGACUGUGGCAAAUGCUUCAGUAAGAGCUCUUACCGAGAGAUUCAUACAUGAGAAAAGCUGCUGUCGUAGUCAGUGCUUAAGUAAGCUCCUGAGGAAAGGCCUCAGUAAGUGUAUCACUUGCAAAGUCCUUUUCUGUUUUGUACCCAGAAUGCCUAGAAGAACUCCCCAGGAUUUUUGCCACUUUAUUUCUUGUUUCCCAGAUCUAGAUGAGGCCAAUGCUAGUGGCUUCAAGAUUAAAAAGUAGAUUUUGGUCUGAACUGAUGGUAGUACCUCUUCCCUCUCCGUGCUUGCGUUGCUCCCUGAGAGAGGAUAUGGUAGUAUAUGCUUUCCCUGAGAGAGGAUAUGGUAGUAUAUGCCAUGGAUCUCACCUGUAUCCUUCACUCACACUGUCAUUUAGUGCACGUCAAUUGGAAAACACAUUUCAGCAGUUUUUCAGGAAGCUGCGAGACUUGGGCCCUUCUGCUCACUUAAACCUGUGUAUACUCUUCAUUUAUCUUUAAAGAAUUUAAAGUCCAUCUUGGUUCUAUCUUUUCCCAAGAAUCUGGAGCUGGGGAUAUAGCUCAGUGGUAAAGCACUUG